AUGCAGGGCGUGGACGGAGCUAUGAGCCGAGGCUCGCAAAACGACGACCAACAAAGCAGACGCAAUGAGAGCAAAGAUGUUAACAAAAACUUCGAAAAUGAGACAGUCGCGCCUAUAGUCAAAGAAGAUAAACAUUUCUCGAAGAAGAAGCUUCUGCCGACUAUGGUUGCUCUUUAUUUGAUCUUUUUCCUGAUAGCCUUGGACCGAACAAUUAUUGGCACUGCAAUUCCGUCUAUAUCGGCCGAGUUCAACAGCUUUGGCGACAUUGCAUGGUACGAGUCGGCAUUCCUCCUUCCUCUCUGCGUGCUGCAGCUUUCCUUUGGUCUGGUGCUCAAGUACUACUCCACCAAAUGCGUUCUCUUCAUAUUCACGGCCAUCUUCGAGAUUGGCUCCAUUGUAUGCGCUGCUGCGCCGACAUCGAGCGCGCUGAUUGCUGGACGGGCCAUUACGGGCAUCGGUGCUGCCGCUAUUGCGCCUGGUGUAUAUCUCAUGAUCACAUUGAUUGUGCCUUUGCAGGACCGCCCCAAAUACCUCGGGUCUCUGGGCUCAGCCUUUGGCAUCUCUUCUAUUUUGGGUCCGGUUUUGGGAGGCUAUCUCACAUCGAUUACGUGGAGGUGGUGCUUUUGGAUCAACCUGCCCCUCGGAUGCACCGCAUUAGUGCUCUUGUGGGUGCUCGCGCCAAACCUCCCGCCUCCGGCGCAGCGAGCCAAAACGUGGAGGCAAAAAGUUUGGCAACUUGAUCCAAUUGGCUUUUUGCUCGUUGGACCGUCCAUUAGCUGUCUUUUGUUCGCCCUCGAGCUCGGCGGUAAGGACCAGAAGUGGAGUGGUGGCCGCACUGUCGCCUUGUUCGUGGUGUUUGGCGUCUUGCUGUUGGCAUUCAUCGCAUAUCAACUUUGGAGGGGGGAUCAAUCAACGCUUCCACCCAAAAUCAUGGGCCAGCGAACGUUACUGGUUGCAUGCCUUAUCAGCUUUUGCAUCGGCGCAGUCAUUGUUAUCUACGCAUUCUAUCUACCGAUCUGGUUCCAAGUCGUGCAGGGCAAAUCGCCACAGAGCUCCGGCUUGUCCCUUUUACCCUUGCUGUUAAGUAACGUGUUCUCUGUUGUUGCUGGAGGUGUUCUAGUUAGUCGUCUCGGGUACUUUACACCCUUUGCUAUCGCAGGGAGUGCGGUACUAGUGGCCGGCGGCGCUCUCAUCACAACAUGGACUGCCGAUAUCAGCACAGGAAAGUGGAUUGGCUACCAAAUAUUCACAGGUGUGGGCCUGGGAAUGUGCCUCCAGCAGCCAGCCAUUGCGAUUCAGGCGGUUCUGAAGGAGGAUGAAAUUUCUAUCGGCACUUCAGCACUAAACUUUGCCGUCUUUCUCGGGGGUAGUAUACUUGUGACAGUUUCGCAAACUCUUUUUGAGCAUCAGCUGGUGAGAAAACUUAUCAAAAUCGUACCCAGCCUCGAUCCAGCAAGAUUGACUGGUAGCGGCGCUGCGAAUUUGAAAGACCUUGUUCCAUCAGCGCAACAAGAAGAGGCUCUGAGCGCCUACAACGACUCCAUGCGCGCGAUAUGGUAUCUUGCGCUGACUCUGGCAGCAGUCACCUUUUGCGCCUCGUUCGGGCUGGAGUGGAAAAGUAUCAAGGCCAAACCAUCAGAAUUGACCAGCGACGCAGAAACAAACGAAAACGGUAAAAUCCCCAAAGGCUAG